AUGGGACCCAGACUACAAACCCCCAGACCUCAGACUACAACCCCCCCAGACCCAGACUACAACCCACCAAGACCAAGACCACAACCCCCCCAGACCCUAGACAACAACCCUCAAGACCAACACUAUAACCCUGCCAGACCCUACACUACAACCCCCCAGACCAAGACCACAACCCCCCAGAACCUAUACUACAACCCCCAGACCAAGACUAAACCCACCCAGAACCCAGAUCACAACCCCCAGACCAAGACUACAACCCCCCAGACCAAGACCACAACCCCCCAGAAAUACAACCCCCAGACCAAGACUACAACCACCCCAGACCCUGGACUGCAACCCCCAGACCCUGGACUACAACCCCCAGACCCUGGACUAUACAACCCCCCCAGACCCCAGAAUACUACCCCCCCAGACCCCAGAAUACAACUCCCCCAGACCCCAGAAUCCAACUCCCUCAGACCCCAGAAUACUACCCCCAGACCCCAGAAUACAACUCCCCAGACCCCAGAAUCCAACUCCCUCAGACCCCAGAAUACUACCCCCAGACCCCAGAAUACUACCCCCCAGACCCCAGAAUACAACUCCCCAGACCCCAGAAUCCAACUCCCCCAGACCCCAGAAUACUACCCCCCCAGACCCCAGAAUACAACUCCCCCAGACCCCAGAAUCCAACUCCCUCAGACCCCAGAAUACUACCCCCAGACCCCAGAAUACAACUCCCCCAGACCCCAGAAUCCAACUCCCCAGACCCCAGAAUACUACCCCCCCCAGACCCCAGAAUCCAACUCCCCCAGACCCCAGAAUAUUACCCCCCCAGACCCCAGAAUACACCCCCCACCCAGUCCCCAGACAAAGGCAUUGGAAGCAUUCUAUAAAACCAUACCACUUCACCAGAGCCCGCCGAGCGUGCCCGCUAUCUGCCAGCUUUUCUCAGACAACACAAUUAUGUGGCCCGUAGGCAAACAGUGA